AUGUCAAUGCCAAUCGAUACGGAUGAUCAAGCGAUAAAUCAUUUAUUGACCGUACUGGCGCAGGAUAAGUCAGUAUCCAGUCCCGCUGUUUUAAACAACCUGGUGUAUUACACUCCGAGAACAAAAUCAGUGCCACAGCUAAUCCGCUUGGUCAAUGCAAUAUUUAAAGGUACUAGCAGACCAGAGUUUAAUGUUCUGGAGCUUUUUGAGAUGUCACAAGCCAUUGCUCAAUGGAAACUGGAAAUUUCGGAACCUGCGAUUCCUCCUGCAGAGUUCUAUAAGAUCUGGGAUUCCUGCUUUAGAGAAUGCUACUCAUGGACGAGGUCCAAACUGUCUAUUCUCGCAGGAAUCUUGAGCACGAGAGAGAACUUCAGGUCUCUAGAAACCGGCAAUUUCAUCGAUGACUCUCGGCAGAUAAUAAAACUAUAUGAUAGUUGGAAGCGGGAUAUAUUCAUUCCAACGUGGUGCGAGUUUGUCAAGAGGUCUAAUAGAGAUAUUGCGAGCCUAAUAUUGAUCUAUGCUGCUAUAAGUUCCCCGUCUGACGCCUGCAGGUAUGGUUUCUUGCCGUGGAACGUUGUUACUAUCCACUUAUCACGGCUGUUCCUGCGACAUAUGACUGCUCCCGGCCAAGCAGAACCUUUCUUCGAGAAGAAUCUCAGCCGAAUGGCAAAAACGUUGCAAACCUCCUUGACAAAGAGUGACAAGUCUGUUGUUAGCGAUUUUCUAUCAUUGUUGUGCAGAGGGUCAUACGAUCUAGCCUUUUUCGAGCUUCGAAAUCAGACGCAAACGAAGGAUUAUUCGAAGCAGUACUACUCACACGUUCUUUUUACCGCCGUCGUGUCCCUCAAUUCAAUCUUACAAACGACGGCUAAAGCGCCGACUUCCUGGUAUGCUCAAGUUGUUAUGAUUCUAUUCAACCUCAAUUUCAUAGCUGAGGACAUAGGGAUCGUUGGGUUUGACUCUUACCAGAGUGUUUAUGAGAUAGUGUGCAAGGGGAUCACCCUGGCAGACGACCAGGCGGUAUAUUAUGAUACUGUGAAGGUCAUGAACGGCAACAUAUGGGGUGGUACAUGGAGCGGGAACAAGGUCAACCGAGCAAAGUUGCUCUUCAUGCUGAGGUUUAUGGGAUCUACCCUUUCCGAGCUGUCAUCGAUUCCCAUUCCUUUCAUCAACGAUUUCAUCCAGCCCUUGCAGAAAGUGUACAUGGAUUCGACAGAGGAAGACAUAAGAGAAUCGGCCCACAUUAUGACUCUGUCAAUUUUCAGCAGUCAUAACAACGACGCCGACUUUCUGCGAUGGGAGUGCCAAAACUACCUGCCAUAUCUGGAUCUCUCCACGAAUCAAUUCUUGCGGCAGAAGAUAUCUGACAAACAGCUCAUCUUGAUUUACCAGAAGAUGUCCUCUCAACUGCCCAUCCUACAACAUGUGGACGGACAUUUGUCGAGGGAAGCACUCCAUUACACAUAUCUAACGAUUCUAAACUGUCCUCCACAGCAGUUGAAGGAGCAAGCUGUACUCCUGAAAUGCUUGAUAUUCCAAAUACUAUAUUCGAACGAGCACCAUUUGGUUGAUUGGCUGGACACUACACAGGAAUUACUGUCAUCGAUCAAGUUUACAAACGAACAAAGACACGAUAUUAUAACCACUCUCUGGGACGUCGUAUCGCACAGCAAAUCCGACGUGGCUUUCAAGUGGUGGUACGGCAGGUUGGAUGCCAUAAGAAGUAGAUUGUAG